AUGCAGGGCCCCAUGGACGGCGUGGCGGGCCAUGGGUUCACAGUGGCUCUGUUCUACUGCUUCCUGAACACGGAGGUGCAGAACACCCUGCGUCAUCGCAUGAGCCGUUGGCGAGAAACCCGGACUGUAGGCGGUGGGAGACGCUACACUCUGAGUGGCCACAGUAAGGACUGGAGCCCGCGAUCUCGUACUGAAAGCAUCCGAUUUUUGAUGACCCAACAUAGCCUCCAGCCUGCAAUCCUUGUAUUGGAAGUACGUGAAGACAAUUUUUUCUUCUUUACAAACAACAUUUUAUUGGCUAAGCUGUUCCAGACCGUUUUUUCUCUAUAUUUUAUUUUCCUGGGGGACCUCCCGUACGGCGGCAGCCUGCUGGGCGCGGCGGGCGGCAGCCCCUACCACAAGCGGGAGUCGACGGCCAGCGCCACCACCACCACCACGCUGUUGGGGCCGCCGGCCGGCAAACUCCACUUCAACGCCAGUGAUUCUACUCAAUAG